AUGGCCUACAUGCCGACUGUUAAUGAAGUGGGUGUCGGACUUGCAACUCUGCCAGCAGCAAGCUACGCAUUCGCGCCUGCAGUGAACGCCGACAUUCAAACGUUGACAGCGAUAGAUAAAAGCGCCUGCUCCGCUACCAACCGCGCAAAGCUUCUCACUCCCGUUGCUGGGAUUGCUCUUAGUCCGCUAUGCACCACCGCUGAUGCCCACUCGUGCCGGCUGCAAGGUAACAUGGAGGCUAUAUGGCGUGCUGCAUGGGCACUGUACUCGGUAGACACAUAUACUCCAAAGGAGAUAGCUGGACAGCAAUACUCGGCAGGACAAGAGGACUAG